UUACAUAUGAGCCACAUGGCCAUCAAGCUCAAAACAAUGGACAUGCCUUUGCCAGAAUCGUUCCUUGUUCAGCUGAUCUUCAAGUCCCUACCAAAGGAGUUUGCGACCUUUCAUGUCAACUACAACACCUUUCCAGAAAAUUGGGACAUUGAGAAGCUGAUUGGCAUGUGCAUUCAAGAAGAAGAUCGCCUUCAGCAUGCCAAUGGUGGCGAGCUUGUUUUUGCAGUACAGCAAAAGAAAAGGAAUUAUCAAAACAGGAGACCUUUCCCACCAGGCAAACAUCAGAAGGAGAGUGGCCCUUCCAAACUACCUCAGCGCAAUGUCCAGAAAAACCGGAAGAAUUUCCCAGUUGAAAGAGAUCAGUUCCUUGAGUGCAAAGGAAGAGGGCACUACAAGAGGGAUUGUCCGAAGUUUCUGAAAAAACUGCUAGAAGAAGGGGGAAAGUAUGAGGAGAAGCCUGCCAAGCGGUAGAAGAAGAAUUAAAGUUGCAAACGGACUAGAAGCAGAAGUCGAAGCCAUCACAUAAUUUCAUUUACAGUUAAAUAGUGGCUUUGUACUUUGUCAUAGAGAUGUUCUCUAUGUACCGUCUUUGCAAAGAAACUUAAUAAGUGUAUCGAGAUUAGAUGAUGACUCAAUUAAUUGCUAUUUUGGAGAUGGCAAGUGUGAGAUAUUAUUUGAUAAAGAAUGUGUUGGUCUUGCCUUCUGACAAGAGAAGUUA